GAUUCUCUUAUGCGUUGUGUAUUAUGCGUUAUGCAGAAGUCUGUGCUCUGGCCCUUUCAGAUUUUGUGGCACAUGCGCAUAUGUGUAACUCUAGCCUCCAAUUGUUUUAUUAUUACUGCUUCGUUCGAAUGUGAUCGUAACAUUCAUAAGAAAAAACGCAAGGUAUACUAAAUAUUAUUAUAAAUAAACGAAAGAUAGUGAAUCUUUAAAAUAUAAAAUGCCGUACGCCAAUCAACCAUCAGUCCAUAUUUCGGACUUAACUGAGGAGAAUGUAAAGUUUCAAGUGGAAUAUACGGAAUUAAGCGUUGCAAAUAGUAUGAGACGUGUCUUUAUUGCUGAAACUCCAACCAUGGCCAUUGACUGGAUACAACUAGAAGCCAAUUCCACUGUAUUAAGUGAUGAAUUUUUAGCCCACAGAAUUGGAAUGAUACCAUUGAUCAGUGAUGAUGUGGUCGACCGAAUACAAUAUACAAGAGAUUGUCAAUGUAUGGAUUUUUGUCCAGAAUGCAGUGUGGAAUUUACUUUGGAUGUUAAAUGCACUGAAGAUCAAACCAGACACGUAACUACUGCAGAUUUUAAGUCAAGCGAUCCCAGAGUAUUACCUGUUACAUCUAGACAUAGAGAAGAUGAUGCAAGCGAGUAUGGAGAAACAGAUGAGAUACUGAUAGUAAAACUAAGAAAAGGGCAAGAAUUAAAAUUAAGAGCAUAUGCAAAGAAAGGUUUCGGUAAAGAGCAUGCAAAGUGGAAUCCAACUGCUGGUGUAAGUUUUGAAUACGACCCAGACAAUUCUAUGAGGCAUACUUUGUUCCCUAAACCAGAUGAAUGGCCCAAAUCAGAAUACAGUGAACUUGAAGAGGACCAAUAUGAGGCACCAUUUAAUUGGGAAGCAAAGCCAAACAAAUAUUAUUUCAAUGUUGAAAGUAGUGGCGCCUUAAAACCAGAAAAUAUUGUCAUGAUGGGAAUUGCAGCACUGAAGAACAAACUGUCAAAUCUACAGACACAAUUGAGUCACGAAGUACAAAGUGACGCAUUGAGCAUUCAUCAUUAAGUCAUAGAUGAAAAAAAUAAGCUAAUGUUACUUAUAUUACUAUGCACUUAUAUCUAAGAUUACAAUUU